ACAUAUAUUCAGUUGUUCUACUAUCUCAUAGUAAACAAGCCUAAAAACUUUCGAAGUAAAAAGCGGUUGAAAGAAAUAAGGUCAUAGCAAAAGUGGACGAUGUUUUCCAAGAAUAUCGCUUAUUUAUUUUUAAUAACGUGCUGUGUAUCGGAAAUAGUAACAGACAGCAUUGCACCCGGAAUCUUGCCAGACAGAACAAAUCGAGUAGAGGACAUUUAUCUUAGAUACUACAAUGGACAAACAGCUGAAGAGUACGUGGACAUUCCUCUCAGUCAGGCCAACAAGUUAUUCGAGAUCAAAGGUUUUGAUCAGAACAACCCCACCGUCUUCUACAUCCAUGGAUUCAUUGAGGUUGCUCAGCAGGAGAGUAUCCAGGUCAUGGUAAACGCGUAUUUGGAGGCGAGGCCGGGCACAAACGUUAUAUUACUCGACUGGUCUAAUAUGGCGCAUGGAUCAUACUUUUUCAAUGCCGCUAGAAACACCAAAAAGGUUGGUACAGCUGCAGCAGAACAGUUGAAUAAGUUAGUCGACUCAGGACUACUGUUGGACAAAUUCCACGUGAUUGGUCACUCAUUGGGCAGCCACGUGGCAGGAUACACUGCAAGGGAACUGAAGACUAAAUACAGCAAAACUAUCAAAAGAUUAACAGCCCUCGAUCCCGCUUUUCCAGCGUUCUAUCCUGAUGGCGUGGUGAUGGAACACGUGAGUGCGAAGGAUGCAGACUUUGUGGAUGUCAUACAUACUGACGCCGGUGGUUAUGGCGCACCGGUACGAACCGGAACGGCAGACUUCUGGCCGAACGGUGGCAAAAGCAUACAGCCUGGUUGCCCCCGAUUUGCCCCGAUACCUCUCUCCGAUGAUACUUCAUCUGGUAACACUGGGAGACGAGCCUAUCGUUGUCGGAAAAAAACUAAGCGGAAAGCUGAUAAUCUCUGCAGUCAUUGGAGAUCAUGGCGGUUUUUUGCAGAAUCAGUGAGAAAUCCUGAAGCAUUCCCCGCCUCCCCAGCUGAAUCUUACCAUAAAUUCAGAGAAAAUCCAAACCCUGAAGAAGGAAUGGUAUAUAUGGGCUAUAGCUGUGAUAAUAAAGCCGAAGGAUCUUAUUACUUAACGACGAACUCUCAAACACCAUUUGGAAAAGGAAUGGAUGGGCUCUAUCCUAAAAGCAAGAGUAAUUCCAUUAAGAAAUAAAGUUUCACUAGGAUGGGUAUCUUUCCUUUUUUGUCGAAAACAGAGUUUAUUUAUUAUAGUUAAUGUGUAAUGUAGUAAUAAUUGUAGUGUAAAGUUACAAAAUGUUUUCAACUAUUAAAAUCACAAAUCAUGUGUCUCUUUAGAUCUAGUUUUCAUGUGUAAAUGCUACAAAUAUGUAAUAGAACUUUAGAUGUAGAUCUUUUUUACAUUUUAUGGUACAUACGUAAUUUUUAUGAUGCUGAUUGAGCCUAUUAUAGUAAUGAUAUGAUGAGUAACGACAGCUAUGCGCUGAGAAAUAAUUAAUAAUAGUUUUCCCACUGUGACAAAUCUGUUCAUGCACUUAUAAUAUAUUAUUUUUAUAUAUAAUUAUGUACAUUUUUAAAUCUUAUUAAGUCACAAUGAUAUUAAUUCGGAAAUUGUAAGUGAAUUAAAUGACAAAUAACAUAUUUUAUGACUCCACAUAUUUGAUAAAAUUGGUCAUAGUAUUAAAAUCAAUUUUACUAUUAAGAGAAAAAGAACAAGAACUAAAUUGCAUACAAUUGAUACAUUACAGAUACUUUUAUAUUUUUGACAUUGCUUUUUUUGGUUCAUUAUACUUAUAAACGAUGCCUCGUAAGGCGAGAUAGUGUUCACUUUGGUACUCAUCAUACCCACACCCACAAUAAUUUGUAUAUCACACAAAAAUAGAUUAUACAUCUUACGUAUAAUACAUUAUACAUCUUACGUAUAAUACAUUAUACAUAUUAUGUAUAAUACAUAUUAUGUCGAUAUUUUUAUUUUCCUUUGCUUGUGUAUUAGAAUGUGAUAAAAAGGUGUACAUUAUUAAUUAAUUUACCUACUCAUAUUUCUGAUACUUGUAUUAUAAUGGGUACUUAAACAUUAAGAAAAUCUUACGAAUAAAACUUCUAAUAGUACCUAGUUCUACUGUUUUUGUAUAAAUAAUUGAAAGUAUUACUUUGUAACAAACAUUUAUUUAUUUUUUGGUGAUCUAUGAACUACUACAGUGAUAUUAUAUAACUAUAUAAUUUUAUUUUUGUUCAUCUUAAUUUUAAUUAACAUUUAAAAAUAUAUAACAUGAUAUAUCAAUAAUUACAAUUCGAAUAUUGAAUUACUUUUCUAUCGUUUGUACCGUAUUAACACUGUAUUAUUAUUAUAAUUUAUUUAUUAUAUUGAAUCAAUAGGUUAUAAUAUUGUAUAAUGGUAGCUGAAAUUAAUAACAAUAAAAAUAUAUACCAUUAACAUAAUACAAACGUAUAACCAUUUAAUAACAAAUAAAUGCGAGAUACUAUAGUUUACUAAAUCUCAAGACAAGCUUUAACAUCAUUUGAUUUGAAAAGCAUUUAUAGUCAUGCAAACUUAACGUGUAUACAAAAUUUUAGCUAAAUUUUGUAGCUAUCUGCUUCAAAAUUUAGCUGCAAGAAAUAACUUCAAAUACGUACAUUCAUUCAUUCAUACUUAAAUGAAAUUAAAAUUAAAUAAGUAUAAUAAUUUCGUAAAUAUAAUGGUAAAUAUCUCAACAUUUAUUUCUUGAUAUGUAUUAUAAAUAUUAAUCUGUUUUAACAAUAAAGCCGCCAGCUUGAAAUGGAACUGGGCUGGUCACGUCUGCCUCAUGUCAGACGAGCGGUGGGCAAUACUCGCUACUGAGUGAAGCCUGGGGCCUUAGUCUGCUAUUACAAUUGUGUCAGAAUGGUCGAUCACUGAGCAGUGCGAGAGGGACGGAGCUAUACAACCUACAUAGCUCCUGAUCAGUGACCGACCAUUCUGACGCAAUUGUAAUAGCAGACUAAGGCCCCUGCUCAACGCCCACAGACGUCGUGGUAGGCCCAAAAGGAGAUGGCGGGACUAAUUUGACAUCUAUGACAAGGAAUGGCCGCAAAAAGCUUUAAACAGAGAGAAGUGGAAGGAGGGUAGGGAGUCCUUUGCCCUGCAGUAAAAUCUAAAUCUAAAUCUUAACAAUAAGCCCGUGGAGCUUACACUUUCAAUGUAAUUAUACAUUUUAAUACGUAGCGACGCACAAGUGUAGAUAAAAUUAUAUAGAAUUUAUAAGAUUGCAUCGAAUAGAAAUAUUAUAAUAUUACAAUUUUAAUGUAUCAUCACACAAUAAAUGAUAGUUAUAGUAAUUUAUUAGUGUUCAAUUGGUACUUAAGGGAACAAUAGGUAUUAAUUUUAUGGCAUGACCAUGUACAAUAUAAUACAUUUUGCUGUUUAUUUGACGUAACGCCUGUGUUUUAAAUAAUAAAAACUACGACAAUUAAAUGAUA